CCGCCUCCGCCAAGCCGCGUCGGACUCCCUUCGUUCCUUCUCCUCCUCCUCGCAGGCCGAACAACCAACCUCCAGUCAUUCUUUAACCAUGCCCGCCCACACCCCAAACGACCCAUCUUACCCUCAGUACCCUGCCCCCGUCUACCCCACCACCUCACGCGACGACGAGAUCAAAGCCCCGUAUGACGACCUCAUCGACCAGUAUGCCACACCAUACGGCACCCAAGCGAACCGGACAUUCGCUGUAGACCCUGCCUCUAUGUCACGGCAUGGCCGUCAACCCUCCGUCCCCUUGUCCAAACAUUCCUACGAGACCUCGAAAGACUUCAAGAGCCUCGACGGCCACGGCCGAGAUCCUCCAGACUGGGAGUAUCCACCACAGCUAGCGAAGGAAGAGACAGCAGAGAAGGAGAAGAAGACAUGGCGAAGCUAUAUUCCCGAUUCAUUAGCAUGCCGGCUGUACCUCCUCACUGUCCUCGUCGAGACUGCAAUCGAUCUUGCAAUAGAGGGUGACAUCUUCCUGCGCUUCCACCAAGCCCACUCCUCGCAAAGUCAGGACAUGGCUACUCGGCGAAUGCCUGUCUACCUCAGCAUCUUCGCCAUGGCUCACGUUUUCCAGUUCAUCAUGGCUUUGGAUGCAGUAUGGGCCCGUAACGUGCUGCAGUUCAUCUCUCUCGCCAUCUUCAAUGCCCUCUUCCUCCUCUACGCUAUCAUCCAAAUCACCGAAAUCAAUGCCGUGCCGCUUGCCUCUAGCGACGGUAUCACCCACGUCUCAAUCAACACUCUCGCCAUCAUUAUUCCUAUUGUCAUCUCCGUCGCCGAGGUUGCCUACAUCGCACUGGGAUGGAAGAUCUACACCGAGUUCGGCUGGAAGGUCUACAAGUUCCUGGGCGCAGACCGCAGGAUUAAGACCAUGUUUACCCACCACCAGAUCUUCCUCUGUCUCGUCAAGUUCGACCUCUUCUUCUGGGUCGGCUUCUCCGUCCAGUUCAUCUUCCUGGUUCUCAGCUCGCACAAUGCUGAGUUUUAUCUCACUUGCGCCGCGCUUCCGUUGUCUAUCGUCGUCCUCAUCGAGGGCCACCUGGCCGCGCGACACGAGAACAAGUGGAUGAUGCUCAGCUUCAUGACGGGCUGUGGUGGUGCCAUGGUGUACUUCGUCUACAAGCUUGUCAAGGUCCUGCGUUUCAAGGCAACGCCUACAUUCAGCGAAGUGUGGCAGACGCUCACCACAUUCUCUAUCAUCGCGAUCAUUCUUCUCAUUAUCACCUUCAUUUUUGCCCUUCUGGUCAUGAGCAACUUUGGCCGUGGGUUGAAGGCGCAAAUCGAGAAGAAUAAGCACAAGACCGCAGGCGGGCUAGCCCGCGGGAAGUCGCAAUACGUACAUCGCGGCCCAAUGAGUACCCAUCCAAACCGGAUGAGUAUCGAUUGAUGUGUAGUAUUGCGCCAAAGCCUCGAACGGACUUGCCUUGUACGAUGAUCUUACGCCCAACUUGUAACAUUCCCUCCAGCCCAGUGCAGCACAUCCACAUCCUUGGGCACUGCACAUUCGCGACGCGGAUCGCGUAUAUCGCUCUGAUUCUUCUCGGACCAUACUUACGUCUUGCAAUAGUACCCUCUCUCUAUCUCAUCGAAUAUCGCACUGCAAGUUUGCCCUUUCCCCGUAAUCGACUUUCAUACUCCCCGCCGCGAACAACGACCCCGCAGUUGUUGUAUCCCCCAGAUUACUUGCCCCGCCUUCCUCACAUCCGAUCGCCAUCCGUCUCGUCUUUUAUCCGUACCAUAUCUCCCGCCCGACUUGCUGGUUCUUGACACUGGGCGGCGCUCAAUACACUAUACGCACUUGCGCUUCCGUAUAUGAUUUGCUUCGCACGCACCCUGCAGUUCACUAGCGCUCUCUUUUGCCUGGUAGAUAUGGCUUAGUCGACGUUCGCUUUCUUGCACCAGACAUGCGCGCCACCUCGCUUCGGCGAGCUCUCGGUCCGGCGCGCUAUCCUCGCAGAUAUUGUAUUGCUAGCACAAUGCAAACGUUUUCGUUUGGU